GACAAGGCAGGGGAGAGAUUUGGGGGGCAGGGGAGUGCAGAGAUUUCGUGUGGGGCUGUGAGGGACACCCCGGGAGGAUGGAGAAACACUGAGGGGGGCAGGGACCCCGUGUGGGGCUGUGAGGGACACCCUGGGCCAUGGAGGGACACUGAGGCGGGCAGGGACCCCAGAGUGGGGCACAGGAACCAGAGAGGGGCAGGGAACCCACGGGAGGGCGGUGGGACCCUGCAGGGACCCCAAGGACGGGGGAAGGAUCCUAUGGGGAAGGGGACAGGGACCCUGUGGUGGGUGCUGGCAUGGCAGGGGGGCACACAGACCCCCGUGGUGGGGUCAGGAACCCAGGGAGGGUGGUGAGACCCCCUGGAGGGGGGUAGGGACCCCAGGGAGGGCUUUGGGCCCCCAGAGAGGCGUCAGGGACCCCAUGGGAGGAUGCAGGGACUCUAUAGGGAGGGCACAGACCCCAUGGGGGGUAUCAGGGACCCUAUGGGUGGUUUUGGGGACCCCAUGGGAGGAUGCUGGGACACAGGGGGUGUUUUAGGGAGCCGAUGGAGGAUUUAUGGACCCUGGGGAGGGUGCUGGGCGCUGGGGUGGGGUCAGAAGGGGACCCCAAAGCGGCAGAUGCAGUGACCCCAUGGGGAAGGGGGGCUGUUCGCCGUCCCCCAGGUCGGGGGGCCCAUGGCAGAGCAGGACUGGGCGCUGGAGCCGGGCUGGCUGCUGUCCCCCGCCGGCCGCCCCUACCUGGACUCCAUCCUGCACAAGAACCAGCGGAGAACGUUCGGUCUGCUGGAGCGCCCGGCGCUGCCGCCCGCGCUGGCUGUCCCCACGGUCACCUACAAACUCUUCCUGGCGGGCAGGAGCGGCGUCGGCAAGACAGCGCUGGUGGCCUGGCUGGGGGGGACCCCCGUGCCCCCCGCCCACCACGAGACCCUGGGCAUCGAGGUCACCACGCUGUUCUGGCCGGCCAAACCCCGCGGCAGCAGCCGCCCCGUCCUGUUCCAGCUGCAGCUCUGGGACUGCGGGGACGGAGCGCUCAGGAGGCCUGCAAGGAGGAGGCGGACGCCGCCCUGUUGCUGUUCUCCUUCACGGACCGCGCGUCCUUCGAGGAGCUGCCGGCGCUCAUGGGCCGCGUGCUGGGCCCCGAGGACAGCCACCUCGUCAGGGUGGUCGUGGGCACCAAAUUCGACCUGGCCCCGCACGCGGCCGUGACGGAGGGGGACGUGCGGGCCUUGGAGGGGACGCGGGGGCUGCGGGUGCUGCGGGCGGGGGGCUCGGCGGGGGCGGGCGGGGCGCGGGCGGGGCUGGCCCGGGUCGCCCCCGUCCUGGACGCCCUGGUCGAGGAGCUCUGGCGGCGCGACCAAGUGACCGCCGGGGUCACCCCGGGGGACACGGGGGACACCCCCACCUGAACCCCCUCUCGGGGCGGGUUUGGGGGGUGGGAGGGGUAAAGAGGUGCUUUUUUGCUAAAAUCAGUGGUUUUCUACGAAAAAGAUCAUGGGUGGCCUGAUUUGUCCAGUUGGGGGGUGAGGGAAUUUGGGGUGAGUGGGGUACUGGGGAUUUGGGGUGCUGGGGUAAUGGCGAUUUGGGGGUGCUGGGGGAUAUGGGGUGCAAUGGGAUCAUCAGGAGGUGGGUGCUGCAGGAUUUGGGGUGCUGCAGCUCCUGGGGAAUUUGAAUUUCAGUGGGAUCAUGGAAUGGGGGUGCUUGCAGGAUUUGGGGUGCUGCAGUUGCUGGGGGAUGUGGGAUGCACUGGGAUCCUGGGGAUGGGGGUGCUGCACGAUUUGGGGUGCUGCAGGUGCCAGGGGGUGUGGGGUGCACUGGGAUCCUGGGGAUGGGGGUGCUGGGCCUAUUGGCAGAUUUGGGGUGUUGUGGAUCCUGGAGGUUUUGGGCUCUGUGGGUAUUAGGGGAUAUGGCUGCAGAGGGAUUAUGGGAGCAGGGGUGCAGGAUUUGGAGUGCUGUGGGAUUUGAAUUGUUUUGGGGUACUGGGAGAUUCGUAGUGCUAGAAGUGAAAGGAUUGGGGUGCUGUGGGUGCUGCAGAGGUUGGGGGUGCUGUGGGAUUUGGGGUGCUAUGGAAGAUGCAGGAUUUGGGGUGCUGCGGGAUCAGGGGGACGCGGCUGCUGCGGGAUUUGAGGUGCUGGAAUUGAUGGGAUUAGGGCACUAUGGGAUUUGGGGUGCAACAGAUGAUCCAGGCUUUGGGAUGCUUGGGAUUUGGGGUGCGUGGGUGAUGGGAUUUGGGGUGCUGUGGGAUUUGGGUGCUGUGGGAUUUAGGGUGCUGUGGGUGAUGGGAUUUAUGGUGCUGUGGGAUUUGGGGUGCCGUGGGUGAUGGGAUUUGGGGUGCCGUGGGAUUUGGGUGCUGCGGGUCCAUGAGGACGGUGGUGCUGAAGAUUUGGGGCGCUGGGCCCCGAGGGCCCGGGCAGCCCCCCCAGACCGGUCCCCCCAAACCCCCCAGUACCGAGCUGGUGGGCGGGGGGCGUGGUCGGUAGUAACCGCUUGGUCCCGCCCCCUGCAGCCAUUGGCUGCCGCCCCCCCGCCCUUCCCACGCCGAUUCAUGAAUGAAAGGGGAGGGGGCGGGAGGGGGGGGCGCGUUCACCCCUUUGGGGUCUGGCCCGGGGGGUCCCCACGGGGCUGCGGGACCCCCGAACCCCCCCAGGGCCGUGCCUCACCUUGGGAGGGCCCGCACAGCCCCCUCCCCUCCAGCCGGCCGCGUCCCACCCUGGGGCGCGCGCCCUCCCAGUGCCGUACUGGUUCGUACUGGGAGCGGCUCCUGCGCCUUUAAGAGCGGGCGUGGCCGGUGACGUCAGCGGGGCAUGAAUGAACAGGAGCGGGCGCGCGGCCCCGCACCCCACACCCCCCGCACUCCCCGCGGGGCCGCCGCUCGUGGGGCGCGCCCGGGACCCCCCGAAACCCCCGGCCAUGGCGGGCACCCCCCCCGCCCUCACCCUCCUCCUCCUCACCGCCCUCAGCCCCCUGGCCGCCGAGGAAGGUGAGUCCCCAACUUUUUCUUUUUGUGGGGGAACACCCCGAAACUCCUUUAUUGCGGGCUCCCCCGAGCGCGGGGUGGUUUUGGGGUAAAUUCGGGUGGUUUGGGGGGAGCUGAGCAGUCGGGGAGCGCUCUGAGGGUGAAGGGUGGUGUGGGUUCCCCCUUCCCCCCCGCUCAGUUUGGGGUGCGGUGCGGAAUCCGCAGGUGCCGGAGCGCGUUUGGGGUGGGGGGGAGGUUAAAAUUAGGGGAAAAGUUGAAAUGAGGGCGGAGAAGUUUAAAUUAAAAGGGGAAAACUUAAAUUAAGGGGCGAAAGUUAAAGGAAUGGGGGGGGCGUUAAAAAGGUGUAUGGGGGUAAAAAUACAGGGGGGAGAAAGCUAAAAUGAGGGGACAACUAGACUAGAGGAGAAAGAAAUUUAAAUGGAGAUUAAAAAAGCUAAAAUUUGGUGAAACCCAAGAGUUUGGGGCAACUUUUCCUAUGCUGAGUGUCCAACCAACGCACCAGGGCCAGGUCCUGCUGGGAGCCCCCAAAAGAGGCUGGCACAGGGGUGAAGGUGGGGGGGGAUUAAAAAAUAAACCCCCCAAAAAGGGGAAAAUCACCUUAAAAUGGAGCGUUUCCCAUGGGUGGUGCAGGGUCGGGUAGGAUCCGGCCGGAGAGCUGGAAAACAAUGUCAGGAAAAUCCCAAAAAAUUGCUGGGAAAAAACAAGCAGCGUCUCGGCCUCCACCUCACAACCCUUCCCCCCGUGAUUUUGGGGCUUAGUUUGGCAGGGUUGGGCAAAAGAAAAGGGGGAAAUUCACUUUUUCAUGUAUAUCUGGAAUUUUUUAGGAUUGAGUUUCUAUAAACUCUGUUUGACGGCUUUAAUCCGUCACUUUUUGAGGGUAAAGUGGAAGAAUCCGGCCCCAAAUGCAAAUAAAUCAGAGGCUGGGAUGGAAAAUACUCCCUGAAAACUAAAAAUGGGGUAAACAACCCUAAAAUGA